AUGGAAGCACCUCUCUAUCCAAGUGGCAACGAACUGGAGCCUCUCGAGCCGGCCCAGGUGUAUGCGGAAGAGUUCCCCUGGGAUGACGACGCUCCUGUAGAGGUCCGCUUCACGGAUGACGAUUAUGAACGAGGCAUGGAUGGGGAGGAACAGGAAGCUGGGGAGCAAGAGGGAGAUGUCACUUAUGUCAGGGAAACCAGAGUCUCCACGCAGACCUUGGAGGAUCCUGUGGCUCGAAGGACCCGCAAUAACAGUCCACCAGCCUCCUACCCUUCUGUACUCAAAUUCCGUCGUGGCCUUAGUGGAAAACACGACGGCUCUUAUGAGCCCGUCCAACUAACUGGACCCAGCACCAGUCCUGACCGACAGCUGAACAAGACAACUGGGCGGACUUUCUGGGAACCAGCCAUCAGGAGGCCAUCGCCAACUCGCCAGUGUACCAGCGGCACUUGUCUUGGGUCGCCAAUUGCUGAGUUUCAUUGUGUCGUAGAACCGAAGACCUUAUUGGCGAUGGAGGUGGUGGAGGCCACGAAGACUGCGACCAGAAUCCCACCGAUGGCCUCAGAUUUCGCUGCUCCAUCCAGCAAACUCUCGUCCGCCUCGCCGCGCUCGAAUAGUCAAAGCACAACUAUGAAUGUGGUGGGUUCUGCAUCGCUAAAUGGCUAA